AUGGAAGAGGCUGGGCUACUCAACCAAACAACUUUAGUGACACAUUUUCGACUUAGAGGUUUGUCAGAAAAUCAGAAGGUGCAGAUGGCUGUGUUUGCCAUGUUCCUCAUCGUCUAUGUCCUGACACUGGUUGGGAACAUCCUCAUUGUCAUAACCAUCAUCUAUGAUCGCCGGCUCCACACCCCUAUGUACUUCUUUCUCAGCAACCUGUCCUUUAUUGAUGUCUGCCACUCCACUGUCACUGUCCCCAAGAUGCUGAUAGACACCUGGUCUGAGGUGAAGCUCAUCUCCUUUGAUGCCUGUGUGACUCAAAUGUUUUUCCUUCACCUCUUCGCCUGCACUGAGAUCUUCCUCCUCACUGUCAUGGCCUAUGAUCGGUACGUGGCAAUUUGCAAACCCCUGCAGUACAUGACAAUCAUAAGCUGGAAAGUCUGUGUGCUGUUGGCUGUGGCCCUGUGGGCAGGGGGGACCAUUCACUCUAUAGCCCUGACCUCCCUCACCAUCAAGUUGCCCUACUGUGGUCCUGACGAGAUUGACAACUUCUUCUGUGAUGUACCUCAGGUGAUCAAACUGGCCUGCACAGAUACCCACAUCAUCGAGAUCCUCAUCGUCUCCAACAGUGGGCUCAUCUCUGUGGUCUGCUUUGUGGUCCUUGUGGUGUCCUACGCAGUCAUUCUGGUGAGUCUGAGACAAAGGAUCUCAGAGGGGAGGCGAAAAGCUCUGUCCACAUGUGCAGCCCACCUCACCGUCGUCACGCUCUUCCUGGGACACUGUAUCUUCAUCUAUUCUCGCCCAUCCACUAGCCUCCCAGAGGACAAGGUAGUGUCGGUGUUCUUCACGGCUGUCACCCCCCUGUUGAACCCCAUCAUCUAUACCCUUAGGAAUGAAGACAUGAAGAGUGCCUUGAACAAGUUAAUGGGAAGGAGGGAAGAGAAGGGGAAAAAAUGA